ACAUCUCCAGUUAUGGCCAAGCAACAGCCAGGCCAAGGGCAUCGGGCGCAUGUCCGACAUGAUCAUGACCAAGGGCAAGGGCUCUUGGAUCUGGACCUCCGACAACCGCAAGCUGCUGGACUUCACAAGCGGCAUUGCCGUGACCAGUGUGGGUCACUCGCACCCGAAAGUAGUGGCGGCCGUGCAGAAGCAGGCUGCCACGCUCGUACACGCUCAAGUGAACAUCGGCUAUCACCAGCCCAUGCUGGACCUGACAGACAAACUGCUGCCAGUGCUGCCAAAGAGUCUGGACUCGCUCUUCUUCGCGUGUAGCGGCUCCGAGGCCGUCGAGAACGCCGUCAAGCUGGCACGCCACGCAACUGGAAAGAGUAACGUGAUUGCAUUUCAAGGAGGCUAUCACGGCCGCACGGUGGGCACUAUGAGCCUUACGUCGAGCAAGACGAUCUACAGCGCCGGCUUUGGCCCGUUGAUGCCCGGUGUGUCCUUCGUGCCAUAUCCGUAUGCUCUGCACGGUCCGAUCCACGACGAAGAAAAAAACGCCGAGUGGUGCUUGGACCAACUAGACACCGCAUUGAAGCAGCAGUCAGCUCCUCGUGACACCGCUGCGAUCAUUAUCGAGUCGGUGAUGGGCGAAGGUGGUUACGUUGUUCCACCCAAGAGCUUCAUGAAAGGUCUUCGUGAGAUCGCCUCGGACAACGACAUUUUAUUAAUUGCGGACGAGGUGCAGUCUGGCUUCGGCCGUACGGGGGAAUACUUCGCGAUCGAUAGCCACUUCGACGUGCAGCCGGACAUUCUGGCGUUCGCCAAGGGCAUUGCUGACGGCUAUCCGAUCAGUGGUAUUGCUAGCCGUAAGGAGCUGACCGACACGCAGUCUCCCGGAUCGAUGGGCGGCACUUACGCUGGUAACGCUGUUGCAUGCGCUGCUGCCAUUGCCACUCAAGAAGUUAUUGCCGAAGAGAAUCUGCUGGAGAACACCCGCACUCGUGGAAAGCAAUUGCAAGCCGGUCUUAACAAACUGAAGUCGUCGGGCAAAUACCCGAUUCUGGAUGUUCGCGGCUUAGGUCUAAUGAUCGGCGUUGAGUUCGAUUCGGCUAAGGCUCCCAAGGGCGUGGCUAACAAAAUCUCGGCGGCGUGUCUGGACCACGGUAUGAUGCUAUUGACCACGAGUAUCUACGAGACCCUCCGUUUCAUGCCUGCUCUUACCGUUUCGGAGGACGAGUGUGCACUUGCAUUGGAGAUCUUCGAGAAGGCUUUAGACGAGGUCUUCGCGAAGUAG